UUAAGCGAGCUCGGUGCUGUUUGUAAUACACUGCAAAGCACCACAGGAUGUUUGUCGAGUGGCACUCCUAUUCGGGAUGAAGAGAAAGUCGGGAGGGAGACCCUAAAGUUGGCUGCGGGGAAAAGGAGAGAGAAGAACAUUAUCCCCUGAGCGGAGGAUCCAAGGAGGAGAUAAGGAUUUUAAGCUGCAGUGUUGUGCGUCUUCAUUAAUGGGAUACAAGUUUGAAAAGGGAGACGGAGAAGAAGGGGGGAAAAAAACUGUAAAGUUGGAGUUUGGCGUUGUUAGGCGGUUUAUUUUGGGAUUUGGGAUUCGUGUUCCUUUCUUUCAUGUUUUGGAGGGAAGAAUUGGAUUAAACGAGUGAGCCAAAAUGCUCACUCCUCUGGAAGUAUUGUGAACUUUUUACCCUUUGGCCUCUGCAUCCCACGCAGACCGUAUUAGUUUUAGGUUUUUUUUUUUUUUUUUUUUGCAACUGAGAAGAAACAUCUGCUGAAGCCAGAGCGAGACAAAGGGGAUUUGAGAAUUUAAAGGAUCGGACUCCCUGAAUCAUGACCUCUGGGCGCUUUCAAGCCCUUUUCCUCCUGCUGUUCUGGUUCCUCCACGGCUCUGAGCAGACCUGCCCUUCUAUCUGCCUCUGCCUAUCUGACACAGUGACUUGUAGCUCUGUGGGUCUGGCUAAGCCACCCCGAUCCAUGCCCUCCUUUCCCUCAAACCUUGACCUCAGCCACAACCACCUGACCUGGCUGGGUCCGAACACCUUCAGCAGGAUGCCCAGGCUGGAGAAACUCUGGAUGGCCCACAAUGAAAUCCGCACCCUCAGCCAUGACGUGUUUUCCAACGUCUCUGGCCUCAGACUGCUGGACCUGUCCUCCAACAGGCUUCACAUGGUGGAGCCGCACUACUUCCAGGGCCUGUGGAGGCUGGAGGAGCUCCGUCUCUACAACAACAAGAUCACACAAGUGGAGGCUGGCACGCUGAGCGGUCUGAGCAGCUUGAAGAAGGUCUACUUGAGCUUCAACCAGAUCACACACUUCCCAUUCUUCUCCAUCCGGGAUCACACGCAUCCUUUCUUGGCUAUGCUGGACCUGUCGUCCAACCGCAUGUCGAGCGUGCCGUGGGAGGAUGUGAAGGCUCUGCCCAGGCUGGUGCAGCGGGGGCUGUACGUUCACAACAACUCGCUCAUCUGCGACUGCUCCAUGUACGCCGUCUUUUGGCACUGGAAUCUGAGGGACUACGACUCGGUCAAGGACUUCGCGGAUGAGCACACCUGCAAUGUUUACGGGGACCCCCGAAGAUCCAUCCAGUUCCUCCGUGACAGCCGCUUCUUCCAGAACUGCACGGUGGAGAAGGCGGUCGUGCAGCCCGUGACCGUUCUCCUCUCCGACGUGGUGGUCUUCGCGGGCGACUGGGUUCGCCUGGACUGCCAGACGUCCCUCAACGGCACCGAGCUCUCGUUCACGUGGCUCUCGCCAAGCAGGGGCGUCAUCACCCAGGCCAGCACCAACGGCACACUUACGAGCAUUUUCCCCAACGGGACCUUGGACGUCCGAGCCACCGCCGUCAAUGACUCAGGCGUGUAUUUUUGCACGGCCGUGGACGUCAGGCAGGGGCUGAACGCGACGCGUGAAGUGAACGUGACCGUGCUGCUGCCUGCAGCGGACCCAUUUUACACAGGUUACACAACACUGCUAGGCUGCACGGUGACUUUGGUCCUCAUCCUGGCGUACCUCUUCCUGACUCCGUGUCGCUGCGGCCUCUGCAAACAGCCUCCGGCACCCCACAGCCAAGGCACCUUGCCGUGUGUUUUCUCUUCCUUUGCAAGAGGGCAACCCAACGCGGAAACUUUGCGGCACGUGGCCUUCAUGGAGCAGCCGGUGGCUGAAGAAAGGAUAGAAUGGAUACCUCAGAGCUGCUGACAGACGAUGUUUUGUUUUUACCGUCAGUAGAGACAGAGGUUUCAAUGAGCUUCUUACUCAGAAGAGUUGAGAUGUCAUUUGAGUGAAAAAGCUGUGAUGGGGGGGG